AAGAUCGUACCAUCUUCCGCGAUAGUCCUUCAAGGAGACCUCCUUGAACUCGCCAGCCUCAACGGAGACAACGUUGUUGAAGUCAGGAGCAGGAUGUUGGAUAAUAGGUGCCAUUUUUCUCUGAUUUUUCUCUCUCUCUUUCGUUUUCAGAGGUGGCUUGAUUCGAUGAGGGAUAUGAGGCACCAGAAGGAAGCAAGCCCUUGCGGUUCAGCGUUUUUCUAGGGCUGCCAAAACGGACUCUGCCGGAAUUUACUCAAUGAUCUUAUUUGGGACCCUCAGACUCCUUCACGAUGGCCUUGACGUCGCUCGUGAGCCAUUCAGGUUCAUAGACCCAUGGUCUAGGUCGCUGGGAAAUAUCGAAAAUGAACCCGAACGCGUUGUUCGUCUCAAUGAAGAGGAACUAGCGCGCGGAAGGAUUGGCCGCGUUUUUCGUGGUCAACUCGAGGAUUCUUCCUCAAUUCUUCAUGUCGUUGUUAAGCUUGUAGCACCAACUUCUUUCAUAACUCAAAGUCCUCACGGUGCUCGUCAUUUUCUAUAUUCAAAUCAACAUCGCAAGCGGAACAACGCUGCUCCUUUUCUACUUGACUUGGCCCACGAAGCGCGUAUAUAUGCAUCGUCUUCCCCAGGUCUUCGAUCAUUACAGGGGUCGAUCGUUCCAUUGUGCAUAGGAUACGCUGUAAAUGAGCGGGCGACAUCUGCUUGCUUAAUACUUGAGGACGCCGGGGACGCCUUGCCGUUCCCUUACAAGCGGCUACCACUCCCCGAGCGAAGAACCCUGUAUGAGCUUCAGGUGAAGCUUCACGAAGCUGGCGUAUCACAUGGGGAUGUCGCCCGCCGAAAUUUUGUGAAGAGUUCAAAGGGGAUCAGGCUCAUUGAUUUUGACAGAGCCUCAUUCCACAAGUGUCCUCGAUUCAGCGUCGCGAACAAUUUGAAUAUCUCAUCGGGUACAAUGAAUUCCAGAAGCGAAUGUGCAGAACUGGAGAGAUGGUUCCGUUUAUUCGGGUUAUAUUUGGCCGAAGAUGACGUGAAGGGUAGAAGAGAAGGCUUUGUUCCUUGGGAUGGCAGACCAUGGGGGGAGGAUGUUGUCUCCGAUUCAGGAUAAGCCGCAUGGAAGCCUGAAUGCUCCUGCCGUCCUGCUCCGACUUAUAGAUUCGGCGCAGGGAAUGGGCGCUUAUCAUCGUGCCCCAAUGGCACCGGUGCAUGAAGACCAUGUGGAUGGCAAAACUUUUAUUCAGGAGGAGAACGGCCAAGGUGACCAGCCAUGAUUGGGCAAUGGUCGCAACUGGGGUAAGGACAUGAUAUGAAUGAAACUGAAAGUCGUAUGCGGGGCAGGAAAAUGGAGU